GUAUUUUGGAACUUGAGGUCGUCGCAUAGCAUCAAUUUACUGCAAUUCCAAGACCGUACCGUUGUCGCAUUUCCUCUUACCUUACUUCAGAACCUCCAGAGCCUCCAGAAACCUCGCAAUGCCCCCCAAAGCCGCCCCUGCGCCCAUCCGGGCCUGUCUCUUCGACAUGGACGGCCUCCUCAUAAACAGCGAAGACCUCUACACAAUAGCCACAAACGAAGCCCUCCUCCACUUCGAUCCAGGCCACGAGCCGCUCCCAUGGCCCAUCAAAGCGCAACUGCAAGGCCGCCCCGCGCCCCAAGCAACCGAGAUCUUCAUGGCAUGGGCCAACAUCCCUGUCUCGAUAGCCGACUUCCACAAGCACACAGCGACGCUCCAGGAGAAAUACUUCCCGCGCACGGAAGUGUUGCCUGGCGUGCAGGAGCUGGUCGAGAAACUGGCGGGCAACGGCGUGCGCAUUGCGCUGGCGACAAGCAGCACGACGCGGAACUUCGAGCUGAAGACUGCGCAUUUGGGCAAACUGUUCGACUUGUUUCCGCCUCGCCAGCGGGUGCUGGGGGAUGACAGGCGCGUAAAAGCUGGGCGGGGCAAGCCUGCACCGGAUAUCUUUCUUGUGGCGCUGCAGACCAUUAACGAGGAGCUGAAGGGAAAGGGCGAGAAGCUGAUUACACCGGAUGAGUGUCUGGUGUUUGAGGAUUCCGUGCCAGGCGUGGAGGCGGGACGGAGAGCUGGGAUGCAGGUCGUUUGGUGUCCGCAUCCUGGUUUAUUGGGAGAGUUCAAGGAUCAGCAAGAGCUGGUUCUUGCGGGACUGACAGGGGAGCACAAGGGUGGUGAUGCGUCGCCGGAGCCGAAUGAACUUAUUCCGCAAGGCACUCGGUCGAUAGGAACUCCCGGGGAUAUCGACGAUGGUUGGGCAACUCUGCUCGGCACUCUAGAGAAUUUUCCGUACGCGCGAUACAGUAUAGGAGAAAAGAGUGCUCUAUAGAUAUAUAGUUAGCACACCACUUGAGCAUUAUACAUAGAAACGAGCUAGAGUCAUUGUGAUCAUCG